AUACAUACAUUUUAUAUACAUAUAUACGUAGUUCUUCAUUCUUUUCUCCACUUGGGUUUUCUACUCUUAAAAUUCUAGAUUAGGGUUUUGAUCUGUAAAUUUUUCCUAAAAUUGCAUUUUUCCGUAGCUUAUUAAUUACUUAGUCAUGUACAUCGUUGAUGUUGUUGCAUUUUCACUUAUAUUCAUCGAUGAUUAUGUCCAAUGUUGAUGAUACUUGAAAAUUGAGGGAAAUAAUUUGAACACACACAUACACAGUAGUAGUUUGUUUAUUAUGUAUUUACUUUAAAAUGCAAGGUCAACUGGGCCAAACCCCUUUGUGGAUUUGUCAAGUCCCUGUCAGUACCUACAAUGCUAUCUUUGAGAUGGAACUAUGAAGCUGAAUGGUGGCAGAUGUUCCAAAUUUAGGGAUUCCAAGUAUUAGAUUUAGCCGCCAAAUUUUUGAACUCAUUGAAUCUGCCUUGCGAGAAAGAAAAGUAACCACAAAGAAGUUAAAGAAAGCGAGUUCAACUCAAGAAGAUUAUUUGAAUUCUGGCAGUCCAGCUUCAACUUCAGCGGGAAAAAACCAGCAAAAUGCAGCAGAUGUGCAGCACUUUAUGCAAAAAUUUGAUUUGACAACAGCGGAAGUGAACAAUAUUAGUCGUGGGAAGCAGAUUUCUCCAGUUGUAUUUUAUGGUUCUCCACACGGUGUCCCUCCAAAAAGACCAUCUCGUUUAUUGCGAUUAUUACAUGAGAUACACAUUGAUUUCACUGAACAAAAUAAAUUAAGAAAGGAAGUAUGGGCUACAUUCCCAAGGCAAGACGAGGCAAUGAAGUUUGUAAAAGAGCAUACACAUGCUCGUCUUUUUAGUUACCAGGAUCAUAUGAAUGGACAAAGAAGGUUCCUUGCUUCAACAUAUAAGGAGUUUUGGCGAAGGUACAAGAACAUGAAUUCUAAAUUCCGCCGCCAUUACGAAGUGAUUCAGGAGGCAAUGACUAGGCAUACCAGCUUGAUGGAAAGUAAUAUCUUUGGACAAUGGUAUUAUUGCUGGACCCUAUACCUAUUUGAUCAGGGAUUGCCAUGUCACCUUUAUUUCGACUUGGAGUUCAGUAAGAAAGACAAUGCAGAAAAGAAUGGAGAUGAAAUGGUUGAUCUCUUGAUAUCAGUUAUCUUUGAAGCCUUACUUGAGAAGUACUCUGUUGAAGGAAACCAGGAAUGGAUUGUAGAGCUUGAUUCUUCUACUAAAGAAAAAUUUUCUCGUCAUUUAGUCAUCCACAUACCAAAGAGUGCUUUCAAGGACAACUCACAUGCUGGUGCAUUUGUUGCUGAGAUAUGCUCAAGGAUUAUUAGUGCGAGGGAAAGGGAUGGAAAGUAUGAAGAAUUGUUUAUUUCAAAAGACUCAUGCUCUGGUGACAUCCCUUGCCAGCUUUUUGUGGAUACUGCAGUCUAUUCUAGAAAUCGAUGUUUUCGCUUACCUCUAUCAUCAAAAGCAGGGAAGAAUUCUUUUCUUGUACCGACAGAGCGUUUUAAAUGUAAGGGCAUGAGCGAGGAAGGCGUAUUCAUGGAAUCCUUGAUCUGCAAUAUGGAUGUUGACUGUGAGAAGCUUCUAAUAUGCAAAAUGGAUAUUGAUUGUGUUAAGGCCCUUCACUUUGACACAGAGAUAAACAGCAAUUUCCAUGUACAAUCUGCUGCUUCUCAAGAAUUUGCAUUGAACACUUGCAUAAAUGAUGUUUCGAGAACUUAUUUGAUGGGAAAAUCACCAUUCCCAGCUUUGGACAUGUUCAUAGAAUCUGUCGCUUCUAUCGGAAAUGUAUCAGGAAAAAUUCGAAGUUGGUAUUGGUUCUCAGAGUAUGCAUUGAUGGUCUACAGCAUGUCAAGGAAUAGAUACUGUGAACGAAUUGGUAGACAGCAUAAGAGUAAUCAUGUGAUGUAUGUUGUUGACCUGCAAAGGGCUGUUUAUUAUCAGAAAUGCUAUGAUCCUGAUUGCAGAGGUUACCGAUCCCCAUUGCGUCCAAUUCCAGUGGAUGCCGUUCCUGAUUCUAGAAUUUUCUUCAAGUCUGUGGGGCAUAAUGAAGGAUCCAUGGAUAAUACCCUUCAGUUUCAAUCUGUCGAAAAAGGUCAGGAACAUAUACCACCUUACAGUAAUGAAAGCAUUAUAGACAGCUGCAAGAAAGACGGGUGGUGGCUCGAAGCUAUAAGUUAUGCAGACAAAAUUGAGAAUAUGCAAAAAACACUGGAUCUCAGUGGCAUGGAUGAAAUACAUGACUAUGAUGAGGAAGACUGGUGGUUGGCGGUUGAAAGGACUACAUCCCAGGCCGAAUUAGCAUACCAGGGAGAUGCUUAACUAUUGCAAUGAAAUUGUACCUUCGUGAGGAUUGUUUUAACUUUUCUACCAGGUUGUGAUAAGGAGGCUAUUACUCGGUGCUGGUUUGUCUAUGGUGGUUCAUGACUAUUCUCCGGUGACAUUGAGUUUUUAAUCUUAUUCUAGUGUAAAAUUUGUCCAUCUAAACUUUUACCUUUCAGCAAAAAUGUCCUAUAUCCGAAUAAGCAGUGAGGUAAAUUUGAUAUGAUUGCAACUGAGGCAAAGAAAAAUUGGUCAAUCAUUAUCCAAUAUAUAAUGAAGUGAAGAAAGUUUACAAAGGUAUUUGAAGGAUGAGAAGGUGAAGUUGGCCCGAAUUGUGAGGGGCAAUAUCUUCCAAUGGCGGUGCAUUUAGGAGUCUUCCCGUUUUUCAGAAUCUGAAACCGAGGAGAGUAAUUGAGUAUUAUGUAUGCAAAAUAUGGAGCGAGAAGGAAGAGACCACUGGUCAUGUGCGUUUUGAUUAUCCAGUUGCAGUAACAGUAUGGAAGAUGAGUCCUCAUCUAAGGUUGGAAUGGGGUGCUCCUGGUGACUCUUGGAUUCAACGAUGGGUCUUUCUCGUGAACUGAUGGGAGAGGGCUGAAGAUUUGUUGAGCUUUAACUUGUUUUAUUUGUUGGCAGAUUGGGAAAAUGAGGAAUGAAUGCGUCUUCUGUGGAGACGAGUGUUACAUGAUUCUCGUGAUGUUUCAGAAAGAACAGUGUUUUAUUACCAAGAAGAUGGUCGGCACAGGAGUGAGCAGGUGAAACAAUGCUCAUCUUCUUCUCCAAAGCAGAAGGAUCCACUGGUUGGUUGUCUCGAGUUAAAUGUUGAUGCAUCAAGCUUUUGUUGAAGUGGCAAAAUUUAAAAGUAGAUAUUGAAGGAGACUGCUAUUGUAACAAGGGUCAUUUUGUCCCACAUCGGAAUCGGAUGGGAAAGAGAUUGGGUAUAAAUGGGUGAGUAUGCAGCUUUAUCUAACAGUUCGAGCUUUUGGGUAAAUGUGUAAGCGCCCACCCUCUACAGUUUGUAUCAGAGCCAAAUCCAGUCUUUGAUCCGGUGUCACGCUCAGAGCCAAACCCAGUCCUUGAUCCGGUGCCACGCCAAGCGUCCGGGUGAGUCCACCCGGGUAGGCAGGGUGGUCCAACCGCAACGAGGGCGUUGCGAGUUUGGGUGGGGGAGAAUGUAACAAGGGUUAUUUUGUCCCACAUCGGAAUCGGAUGGGAAAGAGAUUGGGUAUAAAUUGGUAGGUAUGUAGCCUUACCUAACAGUUUGAGCUUUUGGGUAAAUGGGUAAGCGCCCACCCGUUACAGCUAUCCAGUUGUGGCGCUCACCCGUUACAGCUAUCCAGUUGUGAAGCUCACGGUGUUAUAUAGAUUAUGUGAAGGAGUUGCUGGCUUUUACACGAAUUGGUUGUAGCUCAACGCGAGCAAGUAGUAUGCACUAGCAAUUAAAAGUUCUAUUUGGCUAGAUUGGCUUUGCAAUGUGUUGCUUAUAGAAUGUAUCUCAUAGUAUUUAUUUUUUUUAUUUUUUAUUUAUCAAUAAUAUUGUUUGCUAUUGAAAGGAAAAUAAAGGGCAAGUUUUUUUGCCCACCCGAGCUCAAACCCCUUCCU